GCUUUUUGGACCAGCGACGCCGAGCGUGGCAGCCAGUGCGACGAGAGCGAUAGUGCCUCCGAGAGCGUCGCUUCGAGCGCCUUUGUCAGGACGCAGCCUCGCAGCUCGCGCUUCUCCAGCGUGCAAUACAAACUCUAAGUACACGGCGCGCGGCGAUGGCUUGAACGCCUUUACAGCCCUCGGCGGCGCAAGUGAUCUUGAUGCUUCAGAAAACGAAUUCGCAUGUCCCUCUACGACCCGCUCUACCACCAGAAGCGAGCUGCAAAGCUCGCCGAUGCCAAGUGGGCGGCCGAAGAAGCCCUUAUGCGAAAGCCAAGCCCGACGGCGGCGACGAACCUCGGUUCGCGCGCCACCGCGUUCGGGCGCAGCAAGACCCCGACGGUUGUCCGCCAGCGCGUGACAACGACCGUCCCGGUGACUGCGCGAUCGACGAUUCGGUCGACGCAAACGCCCGCCACGACGGCGCCGCACCUCGACCACCGCCGCGCAGCGUCGCACACCGGUGACGAGCGUCGCGACUGCUCCGUCAAGAGCCACCACGGAUGUCACGCCGACCAGCGCAGCAUCGACGACCACGACUGA